UGAGGCAGAUAUUGCUCAGUUGCUGGUGGAAGGUCGGGAGCAGCCGCCUGCGUUACCCGGAGCCAUGGCGAGGGACAAAGGAAUUGCCCUGAAUACUCAGUGCCUGAAAAACAAACCCACUGCUGCCUUGUGAAAUCUCCUACUAGUGUUGGACAGCGUGGUGCCGGGGCUAUGAAGCAGACGGCAAGGGCGAGGGGCUGGAUGGUCCUCCACAUCUGCCACAUCUGGAUAUCACUUCUCCUGCUUGCCGCCCCGUCCACACAAACAUGGAAGCAGAGUCUACCCCGCCUCAAGCUGUCCCACAAAGACCUGCUGACCUCCAACAGUUGCAUCUCCUUCCUGGGGUCUGCGGAGGGCUUUGACUUCCAGACCCUUCUCAUCGAAGAGGAGAGAGGCAAGCUGCUGCUGGGAGCCAAGGACCACAUCUUCCUGCUCAACCUGGACGACCUGAACAAAAACAUCAGGAAGAUUCACUGGCCCGGAAGCAAGGAGACAGUGGACAUGUGCAGACUAACAGGGAAACAUCCCUUCCGGGACUGUGCAAACUUCAUCCGUGUUCUCCACAUCUACAACAACACCCAUGUCUACGCUUGUGGGACGGGGGCCUUUCACCCCAUGUGUGCCUAUAUCCGGAUGGGUCCUCAGGCAGAGGAGCCGGUGUUUCAGCUGGAAGUCAACAGUCUGGAAUCUGGCCGAUUGAAGUGUCCCUUCGACCCUCUGCAGCCGUUUGCUUCAGUGCUCACAGGUGAACACCUGUACGCAGGUACCGUGUCGGACUUCCACGGCAGGGACACCGUGUUCACCCGCUCCCUGGGGCCAUCGACCCACCAGAACUACAUCCGCACAGACCUGUCAGAACACUACUGGCUCAACGAAGCCAAGUUCAUCGCAGCCGCCCCCAUUGCCGACACCUUCAACCCAGACGAUGACAAGAUCUACUUUUUCUUCCGGGAAGCGACGGAGGACAGUCAUACGUCGGACAGGACCAUCGUCUCCAGGGUUGCACGGGUGUGCAAGAACGACGCUGGAGGUCAGCGCAGCCUCAUCAACAAGUGGACCACCUUCCUGAAAGCUCGACUGGUCUGUUCCAUCCCAGGCCAGGAUGGAGUGGACACCUACUUCGAUGAAUUACAGGAUGUGUUCCUGCUGCAAACUCGGGAUCCAAGGAAUCCUAUUGUUUACGGAGUCUUCACUACCACAAGUUCGAUCUUUAAAGGUUCCGCAGUCUGUUCCUACAGCAUGGCUGAUAUCCGCGCUGUCUUCAAUGGGCCCUACGCUCACAAGGAAGGCCCAGACCACAGGUGGGUGGAGUACAACGGGAAGACACCUUACCCGAGGCCAGGGACCUGUCCCAGUAAAACAUAUGACCCGUUGAUAAAGUCCACCAAGGACUUCCCGGAUGAGGUGGUCAGCUUUGCCCGCUACCACCCGCUGAUGUACAAGGCCGUUCACCCACUGAGCAACAAGCCCAUCUUCACCAGGAUCAACGUGGACUACCGGCUCAGCCAGGUGGUGGUGGACCAGGUGACAGCAGAAGACGGGCAGUACCAGGUCAUGUUCAUCGGCACAG